GAAUAGAGUACCUACCUAUGUACUGUAGGGAGAUACUGCUAUAUGUAUGUAGUAUAGAUAGGUAUCCCAUAAGUACAUACUGUCUACCUAUGCAGGGCUUCUGCAUAGCAUUCAUAGGGCACGUACCUACUAUGUAUAUAGUACCUACCUAGGUAGGCAGGUGGAGAAAACAUGUAGAUAUAGGCAUACCUGCUCACUACGUCUGUCUCCCUCGAAUUCUCUGCGAGCACUGGAGUACCUACUAGGUAGACACUAAACUUGCAUUCCCAAGGUCUACCUAGUACUGAAGCUAUCCCCCGAGGCAAAAUAUCUGAGGUAGUCAACAUCAGGCGGAAAGCUUGCGUCGGCCCUAAAUGAGACCCCUCUCCUGUCUGCCCAUUGCUUCGAGACUGGGAAUCUCCAAACCACGACACUUCGUUGCACUUAGCAGCAUACGCCUUGUCUUCCACAAGCCAGCAUAUUCAAAGGUUUCCGGCUUUCCGCGGUUUCACCACACCACCACCGCUACUAUGGAUGCUCAUGAUUUGAAGCACUACCUGGCUGAUGCCCCCCCUAGCGUUGUAAGACUGGAGGUCGAGAAGCAUUUUGAGCCCCUGGGCGACAAGCAGAAACGUUAUGCCCAUUUCAUCAGCAGAGCUUCCUUCCAGGGCACUAGGGUAAUUUUGAGGCAGGUGUCGCCCGAAUCGGAGCCAAUAUUCGACUUCAUUCUCGCCUUGUAUCACUCAUCAGGUGGGGACUGGAAGAGCCUCCAGUCCAAGGCCGGUAUUUCGGAUGUUGACUUGGAUCACUUUUUCAGCUAUGCCGCCCAAUUCCUCGGAAACAGUGGCAAUUACAAGAGCUUUGGAGAUGCAAAGUUCAUUCCAAGAUGCCAGGAGUCUGUAUUUGCCGCGCUUGCUACAACCUCCCCCGAGGCACUGAACUUCUACAAGGCCACCUCCGGCGCCAUCUUCUCUGCCGACAAGCCUGGUCUUCUGCAUCUAGGAUAUCCUGACCAAGGUCACAUGACAACGUACUAUCCAAAUUCCCCUGAUAUCACACAACCCGAAAUCGAGGCUGUCUCAAAGUGGAUGGAACAAAGGAAACUCCUCCCAGAGAACACCCGCCUAGUCAAGUCACAGGGAAACACAUUUGAGAUACUAGUUGCGUCGGCCGACACUGCUAUUCCUAGCGAAGGGGGCGAUGCUGGGAAAGAAACUGAGUUCAAGAUCGAUGACGGCAUUUUAGCUGGAAAAACACUGAAACUGGUUUAUGGAGAUUAUUCCCAUGAGAUGACUGCUAUCGCCGCUCACACAAAGAGAGCAGCAGAAAACGGAGACAAUGAAAACCAACGGAAGAUGUAUGAGGCAUACACAAAAUCUUUCAAGGAAGGUUCACUUCUUGCCUACAAAGACAGCCAGCGUUUCUGGAUCCGCGACCAAAAACCAUCUAUUGAAUCUUCAGACCCGGCCGGCAUCAGAGGCGAAUGGGAGGGAUUUGCUGCCGUCGUAAAUGUUGAACGCACGCGAGCAUUUGGAGCUCUCGUUGAUGCUGCUCCAUCUCUGAUUCCUCUUCUGCCUUGGGGCAAGGAUUUUGAGAAGGACAAGUUUUUGUCUCCCGAUUUCACUUCGUUGGAAGUGCUCUCUUUCGCUGGUUCGGGAAUUCCUGCGGGUAUUAAUUUACCCAAUUACGACGACAUUCGGCAAACAGAAGGGUUUAAAAACGUGUCACUCGGCAACGUACUGAGUGCGAAGGCUCCAAACGAGAAGAUACCCUUCAUUGCUGAGGAAGAUCUCGAGAUAUACCAAAAAUACCGCGAUGGCGCUUUUGAGGUCCAAGUCGGCCUUCACGAACUAACAGGCCACGGUUGUGGGAAAUUACUCCAAGAAACUUCACCGGGAGUUUUCAACUUUGAUCAAGCAAAUCCGCCCAUCUCCCCACUGACACAAAAACCCGUUACUACAUGGUAUAAGCCUGGUCAGACUUGGGGUUCGGUCUUCGGAAGUCUAGCAGGUGCAUAUGAAGAAUGCCGUGCUGAACUAGUUGCGAUGUUCCUCAGCUGCGAGUUUCCCGUUCUUAAGAUAUUCGGUUUUGGAGAUGGGUCCUCCAACAUUAACGGCGAAGCAGGUGACGUGCUCUAUGCUUCAUAUCUUAGGACCUAUAUGGCACGGGCUGGUCUAUUGGCAUUGGAGAUGUUUGACCCAAAAAGCAGGAAAUGGGGCCAGCCACAUUCCCAGGCACGAUUCAGUAUCCUGCAGUGCUUUUUACAGGCAGGUGAUGACUUCUGCAAGCUUGAGUACCAAGGAGACAGCUUAAAGGAUGCCGUCAUCAAGCUUGACCGAUCUAAAAUUACCACAGUUGGUCGCAAGGCUGUUGGCGAAUAUUUACAGAAGCUGCACAUCUAUAAGUCAACGGCCGAUGUUGAGGCUGGCACAAGGUUCUUCACCAAAAUGACAGAUGUUGACCCUGAGUUUUGGGGCAAAAAGGUACGGGAUGAAGUCCUCGCAAACAAACAGCCCCGGAAAGUGUUUGUUCAGGCCAAUACAUUCCUUGACGAGGCUACAGGCAAGGUUGCCUUAAAACACUACGACGCUACGCCCCAAGGCAUGAUCCAGAGUUGGGCUGAACGUCAAGUUUGACUGCAAGCCCAGUCAUGCCAAACGAGGAGCUUGUCAUAAAUGUUGAUUGGGAUUUGAGCCAUAUACCUUUACUUCUAUCCCAAUAUAUUUACGGCCAACUGAACAAAUGAUAAGAUAGGAGAAACGUGACAGACAGUAACAUCUGAUACUGGAAGAGCCAAAGGAGCA